AUGAGUUUUCCCGAUGAGCAAAAAGUUGACUUUCAGGCUUUCCAGAACGUCAUAAACAACCAGUUAAGCCUCACUUCAGAAACCCGACAUGGUAUCUGCCCUAGCACAGAAGAGCCUCUCUGGGAGUCACCCGUAUCGACCCAAGAUGACGUUGAUCGAGCUGUAAGCGCUGCGAAAGCAGCUUAUCCAGCAUGGCGAAAGCUAUCAUGGGAUGAGCGCGCCAACUACCUCGUAAAAUUCGCAGAUGCUAUCGAAGCACAUAAGCAAGAGUUCAUUGACCUUCUAGGCCGUGAAGCUGGUAAACCUCCGCAGGCUGGUGGCUUUGAGCUUAUGCUUGUUAUGGAACAUGUUCGAGAGACUCCGAAGCUUAGGAUCGGGGAGGAUAAGCCUGAGGAUAAUGAAGAUAGAACAGCCGUUGUGCGCUACGUUCCUCUCGGAGUCGGCGUCGGCAUCGUUCCAUGGAACUUCCCCAUGUUGCUCGGCAUUGGGAAAGCAUACCCUGCCAUGCUGGCCGGCAACACGUUUAUAUGGAAGCCCUCGCCAUAUACUCCCUACUCUGCCCUUAAGCUUGCAGAGAUCGGAGCCAAAGUCCUGCCUCCCGGCGUAUUCCAGGCUCUGAGCGGCGGUGAUGACCUUGGACCUAUGCUGACUGCUCAUCCAGAUGUAGCCAAGGUCAGCUUUACGGGCUCCACCGAGACGGGUAAGAAGAUCAUGGCGGCUUGUGCUGCUACAUUGAAGCGCGUCACUCUUGAGUUGGGCGGCAACGAUGCUGCGAUUGUUUGCGAGGAUGUUGACAUCCCUGGGGUCGCAUUUCUGGCUUAUGUCCACAGCGGCCAAAUCUGCAUGAACAUCAAGCGUAUCUACGUCCAUGAAAGUAUCUACGACAGAUUUGUUUCCGAAGUUAUCAAGUUUCUACAAGCCCUCAAAACUGGCGACUUCUCUGACCCUGAAGCCUUCUUCGGACCUAUCCAGAAUAAGAUGCAGUAUGAGAAGCUCCAGCGUCUCUAUGAGCAGAUCGACAAGAAAGGCUGGAAGUGUGCCUUUGGAAGCGCAUCACCUGCACCAUCGGAAAAGGGAUACUUUGUACCACCUGUUCUUGUUGAUAACCCACCCGAGGACUCAGAAAUCGUACAAAUGGAACCGUUUGGUCCGGUAGUACCUGUUAUGAAGUGGCAGUCGGAAGACGAUGUCAUAGCCAGGGCUAAUGCAUCAGACUAUGGUCUUGGAGCGUCUGUUUGGGGUAAAGACGUCGCUCGUGCUCGACGAAUGGCCGAACUGUUGGAAGCGGGAAGCGUUUGGGUCAACACGCAUUUCGAAGUUGCGCCGAACGUUCCGUUUGGGGGGCAUAAGCAGAGCGGUAUCGGAAUGGAUUGGGGAGAGGUAGGUCUUAAGGGGUGGUGCAAUCCUCAGGCUUACUGGGUGAAGCACUCUGGGUGA